AUGACAGAGGAAGAAACUAUAAGUUUAACUUUGACUCAGGAAGAAAUGGAUUCUGUUAUUUAUGAUGCUAGAGUUGGUGAUUUAGAAACUUUAAAAGAAAUUUUUGAUGAAGUACCACCUAAUUUAUUAUUAACUAUUCAAGAUGAUAUUACAUUAAGUACAACUAUACAUAUGGCUUCAGCAAAUGGUCAUUUAGAAGUUGUUAAAUAUUUAUUAUCAUUAUUAUCAAAGCAAGAUGCUAAAAAAUUAAUAUCUAUAAAAAAUGAAACUGGAAAUACUGCAUUGCAUUGGGCUUCUUAUAAUGGUCAUCUUGAUAUUGUUAAAUUAUUAGUUGAUGAGUAUAAUGCUGAUCCUUUUGAAAAAAAUGAAGCUGGUCAUGAUUCUAUAUUUGAAGCUGAAAAUAAUAAUAAAAUAGAUGUUGAACAUUGGUAUUUAGCUAAAUAUACUCCAGAACAAGAUUUUAAAGUUGAAGAAGAUGACGAAAAUACUAAGGUUACUUACAUACCAGGUAAAGAAAGUAAAUUAGCUGAUGAACAAGCUAGAGAUGCCGUAUUCAAAGCAAAAUUAGAUAGAGAAAAUAAAGAUAAAGAUAUAAUAGAUAAAACUGAAAAUUUAUCUAUAUAG